CGAAAGAACGCAGUUUAAACAUUAAGAAAAUGAUGAAAUAUUUUAUAUUGUUGAGCUCUUGCUAUGCUUUAGCUUUUGCUGAAUUAGCUAAAUUCUUGAAGCCUUGCAGUAGAUCUUCGAGUGAACUGAACACGUGCAUUUUGGAAAAUUUGGAAGCUUUGAAACCGUAUCUGGCGCAAGGAAUUCCUGACCUUCAAAUACCCAGUUUAAAUGUCACUUAUAUUCCGUACUCAUUCGUGAACACUUCGACUUUCGAAUUUGGUUUAUGGAACAACAAUGUGACAGGAUUGGAUAACUUUUUUGUCCAAAGCGUCGAAGCGGAUCUGGAGGAAAAUAAGUGUACGAUUCUGGUCUUGUUUCCUUAUUUGCAAGGGAUGGGAGCGUGCGGCAUCAAAGGGAAACUCUUCAACAUGAAUUUCGAUAGUAUGGGCGACAUUUUUAUCAACGGAUCAAAUUUCUUGAUGAACUACACUCUACACACGAAAGUAAUCGAGAAACACGGUGAUUUCUACAUGAAGGUUUCAUCUCAGGAAGCUCACGUCAAAUUAACGAACGGAUCUUUCUACCUGAACAUCGAAAAUCUGUAUCUGGGAAGCAAGAAAUUGACGCAGAUGAUGAACGAAAUUUUGAACGACAAUUACUAUUAUUUGUACGAAAAAAUCUGUCCUCUUCUUCAGAAUUCUAUUACAAGAUUCAUCGGUCCAGCUUUGGACAAACUUUUUGAAAGAUACACCUACGAUGAAUUGUUACCAUAGUUAUAAGUUUUGUACUUUAAAUUUUAAUUAAUUUUAGAGGUGAAUUUUGGAUAAUUAUUUAAA